UGCGAGCCGAGCCGAGCCGCGCCGUUUGCCAUCCGGCCCCGGCUCCCUCGCGCGAUCCCGGCCGGCGGCGCGGCCCGGCGGGCCCGGCGGCGCCGCAGCCCAUGGAGCUCGAGAACAUCGUAGCGAACACGGUGCUACUCAAGGCCCGGGAAGGUGGUGGCGGGAAUCGCAAAGGCAAAAGCAAAAAAUGGCGGCAGAUGCUGCAGUUCCCCCACAUCAGCCAGUGCGAAGAGCUGCGGCUCAGCCUCGAGCGUGACUACCACAGCCUGUGCGAGCGGCAGCCCAUCGGGCGCCUGCUGUUCCGAGAGUUCUGCGCCACGAGGCCUGAGCUGACCCGCUGUAUUGCCUUUCUGGAUGGGGUGGCUGAGUAUGAAGUGACCCCCGAUGAGAAGCGGAAGGCGUGUGGGCGGCGGCUAAUGCAGAAUUUUCUGAGCCACACGGGUCCUGACCUCAUCCCUGAAGUCCCCCGGCAACUGGUAACUAACUGUGCCCAGCAGCUGGAGCAGGGGCCCUGCAAAGACCUCUUCCAGGAGCUCACCCGGCUGACCCAUGAGUACCUGAGUGUGGCCCCUUUUGCCGACUACCUCGACAGCAUCUACUUCAACCGUUUCCUGCAGUGGAAGUGGCUGGAAAGGCAGCCAGUGACCAAAAACACCUUCAGGCAGUACCGAGUCCUGGGCAAAGGCGGCUUUGGGGAGGUAUGCGCCUGCCAGGUGCGGGCAACCGGCAAGAUGUACGCCUGCAAGAAGCUGGAGAAGAAGCGGAUCAAGAAGCGGAAAGGGGAGGCCAUGGCACUCAAUGAGAAGCAGAUCCUGGAGAAAGUGAACAGUAGGUUUGUAGUGAGCUUGGCCUACGCCUAUGAGACCAAGGACGCGCUGUGCCUGGUGCUGACACUGAUGAAUGGAGGUGACCUCAAGUUCCACAUCUACCACAUGGGCCAGGCCGGCUUCCCCGAGGCGCGGGCUGUCUUCUACGCAGCAGAGAUCUGCUGUGGCUUGGAGGACCUACACCGGGAACGCAUCGUGUACAGGGACCUGAAGCCAGAGAACAUCCUACUGGAUGACCACGGUCACAUCCGCAUCUCUGACCUGGGGCUGGCUGUGCACGUACCUGAGGGCCAGACAAUCAAAGGCCGUGUGGGCACCGUGGGCUACAUGGCCCCGGAAGUGGUGAAGAACGAACGGUACACGUUCAGCCCAGACUGGUGGGCGCUAGGCUGUCUCCUGUACGAGAUGAUCGCGGGCCAGUCGCCCUUCCAGCAGAGGAAAAAGAAAAUCAAGCGAGAGGAGGUGGAGCGGCUGGUGAAGGAGGUGCCCGAGGAGUACUCCGAGCACUUUUCCCCGCAGGCCCGCUCGCUCUGCUCCCAGCUCCUCUGCAAGGACCCUGCCGAGCGCCUGGGGUGUGGUGGGGGCGGCGCCCGCGAGGUGAAGGAGCACCCUCUCUUCAAGAAGCUGAACUUCAAGCGCCUGGGAGCCGGCAUGCUGGAACCACCCUUUAAGCCUGAUCCCCAGGCCAUUUACUGCAAGGAUGUUCUGGACAUCGAACAGUUCUCCACAGUUAAGGGUGUAGAGCUGGAGGCCACUGACCAGGACUUCUACCAGAAAUUUGCCACGGGCAGCGUGCCCAUCCCCUGGCAGAAUGAGAUGGUAGAGACCGAGUGCUUCCAGGAGCUGAAUGUCUUUGCGCUAGAUGGUUCGGUUACCCCAGACCUGGACUGGAAGGGCCAGCCGCCUGCGCCCCCCAAGAAGGGAUUGCUGCAGAGGCUCUUCAGUCGCCAGAGGUGAGCAGUGUGGGCUCCCCGUGGGCUGGCCUUGCUGCCUGGCCUCGGGGAGCCACAGGCAGCCCUUCCAUGGCAGAGGCAAGAUGUGGGCGAAAGAAGUCUGGUGCCCGCUCCCCAUUUCCCCCUCCCCACCGCUUCCAUUCCCUGCACCCUGGCACCUGCAAGCUGCUAGCCUUGCUUAGCCGUCUGUCUCCCCAUGCUCUGCCUCCACCAGCCCCAGGGAGAAGGCCUUGGCAGAGCCUGGGAUCCACCUUGCCCCCUUACUUCAGCCUGUUGCCAGCAGCCUCUGCACUGAUGUCCACACAUGUCUGGCCUGAGCUGUUGCUCCAGGCCCCUCGUGGGGAGCCCCCUCCUCAGAGCAUGGCCCCGGGCGGCUCCUGGUCUCCCCAGUGACGGCCAUGGUGGCUAACUGCACCCGCUCUGCCUCUCUUCCUCCGUGUCUUCCCUGCCCUCCAGGACUGCUGUGGGAACUGCAGCGACAGUGACGAAGAGCUUCCCGCCCGCCUCGAGCUCCCCACCCGCCUCUAGCCCCCAGCCCGAGGCACCCCCGGGCGGUUGGCGGUAGCAGCUACUCCAAGCGCUGUUUACAGUUUUGCACAGUGGUCUUCCCCCUUGUCCACUCGAGUUGUGGCCUGGGGAACACAGCCGGAGCUGUCCCUGGUGCCCUCUGCCCUUCAGCCCCUAGUCUGGCUGAGUUUGGCAAGGCCUGGGCUGUCCCUGGGACAAAGGUGCGUCCCUUCAGCUCUUGUCUGUGGAGCUCGGGGCUUUCUGUAUUUAUGUCUUGUACGAAUGUAUAUAGCAACCAGAGUGUUCUUAAGACCUACCCUGGAGCCGGCAGAGGGGCUGCUGCCAAACUCCAGGCUCCUAAGGCCUGGCCCGGAUGGGCGAGGCUGGGCCGGGCCAGGGUCCUGAGCCCCAAGCACUGUGCUUGCCACCGCCGACCUCCGAGUAAGACUUGUGCCUGCCCCUGCCGCCCUGGGCUCAGGCCGCCAUGUCUGGGGCCCAGUGCUGUCCCUUCUCAGCACUGGUCAGAGCUGGAUCUGGGGCCUCAGUGUCCCCUAGGCCUGUGCCAAAGUGUGACCAGAGAUUAGGCUGACCCUGGGACCCCUCAGUCCACUGCCCAGGCUGUCCCAGAGGGGUCUGCCUCUGCCUUCCAGCUUCCAGGGCACCUUGUCCCUCAUGCUGGGCCCCGUUCCUGAAGACACCUCUUGCAGAAAUACCCCAGCCCAGGCCAUAGGAAGGGUGGGGGCAGGGGUGUCCCUGGUCAACCCUCAAACAUUCCAGACUCCCCUCAUAACAACAGACACAUGUGCCCAGCAAUAAUCCGCCCCUCCCUGUGUGUGCCUGUGGUGUGUGUGUGUGUGUGUGUGAGAGUGUGUGAAGGGGGUAGGCUGAGGCUGUGUGCCUGUACCCGAGGCCCCAGCCCUGGCCCUUCCCAGACUGUGAUGGCCAUCCUGGUCCCAGUGUUAGGGUAGCUCGGGAUUACAGGGCCCCAGUUUUUCCAUAUUUAAAGCCAAUUUUUAUUACUCAUUUUGUCCAGUGUAAGCUGCCACGUGUCUCUAUGUGAAUACAGUCUGAGCACAAAACUG